CCAAUUUCAAGCACACCUUUGUAUGUUAUUCAGUCAAAAAGUUUUGUCUCCGCCAAUAAAGACUUACUUUCUUAUGCAUAGAUUUUAUGGCAGUUAGUCCAAGCUCAGUGGUCCAUUUCAAUUAGGUUAAUCACACAGCAUUACUUGGCUUUAUGGUGAAAACAUUAUGGGUAAUGACAACGACAAACAGAGGAAGUCCAGUUUAACCUCUUUCGGAUUUCAUUUGCCAGAUAACAACCUUAACGAGGAAGGUGUUUUGACGAAAAUUUUUGACAGAGUACUCAAUGCAGUAUCAUCAACAUCGGGUCAUCAACAUGAGCCUGUGGCUUCAACAGCAACAGUAUACUCGCGAGCUCCAUCAGUACGGACACAAACGUCGUCGAUGACGGAAUCGCAACUUGGCGAUGCUCCACCACUUCUGUUACAAAAUACUUUAAACGCUACGCAUUCAACCUUAAGUAGACACUUGACGUUAGACUCUCCUACAGCAACUUCCAUGAGAUCAACAAAUACUGCUUCAUCGUCUUUAAACGAUGUCGCGAGUUUCUCUAUUCAGUUAGCAGAUGAUACAGUCGUCGUACCAAGGUCGUCUUCGUCCACCACAACCACAGCAACCACGAAUACCACAGUUACUGUUGGAAACCAGAAAUCGGAUGUCAUGUUCAUGAAUAAAAAUAAAAGCCAUCAUAGUCAGGCUAGUAAAAAUAGUAUUACUUCGAGUGCAAACAGUAUGAGUCAUAAUGCUCAAAAAGGCACUACCAUUCAAUUUGCUGUUCCUGCCACAACGAUGACCUCCACCAAGUCUCAACAAGAUCCUCAAGAUGCCUUGGAAAAUCUGAUAAACAACGUGCACUUGACAAAGCGAAAAUCAAUCGACAGUGAUACGCAAUCCGUCGUAACCAACUUUUCUAUCAGUAAUUCUAACUCAUUAUCGAAAAUACUAUCAAAAUUAAGAGGACAAAAGGCGAGUGCCAGUAGAGGAGAAGAAGAAGAGUUUUGGAUGCCCGAUGAGCAAUGUAAAGAAUGCUACAAGUGCCGUAAACCCUUCACACUACUAAGAAGGAAGCACCAUUGCCGAACGUGUGGACAAAUAUUCUGUGGCAAAUGUGCAUCUCAUAUUAUAUCGGGCAAAAUGUUCAAACAAAAGGGACAAGUAAGAGUGUGUAACUUCUGUUACGCUGAACAGAUACAACAGCUAAACGAAUUAUCAGUCAAUAACAACAGCACAUUCAAUGAUGCCAUGAGUCAUAAUAAUUCAAAUAACACCCUCCAUCAGCAUUAUACACACAGCACAGAUAACAAUACACUUCAGUCACCCAUAGCAGACCCCACGACUUCUACAUUGCCACCUUCUUCAUCCUUUGUUAGCAAUAUCAAUACUCAAGAUGCAGCAGCGCAUCAGUAUGAUACCUAUGCUUCCUCACCUAUCAUACCCACGCAGAAGCCCCCUUUAGCAUUACCGCAAAUGCAAAUACCCACUGCUGCCUUCAAGCAUGUCAUCAGUGGUUACGGCAACGAUGAUACCACGACCUUUGCCUUGGAAAUACCCAUUCAAGAGACAGACUUUGCAGAUGGCGCUGGAUCGCCUUUUGUACCAGCAGAUAGAUCUACCAACAAUCAUUUAGGAUCUUCAAUAGAUGCAUCUACCCUACAUCAUGCCAACAAUAGUUCUCUCAUACCCACGAUUACUACCACGAAUACCAGUGAUAAUAUAACAACUGCAGGUGGUCUAAAACGAUUAUUUGAUGCUGGCACUUCAUUAUUGAAAGCAGGCCGGCCACGGUCCAACACUUCUUCUUCUGCGCCGUUGAUGGACGAUCAUCAUCCUAUAAGGCUUCCCCAGUCACCCUGGGGCGGUGGUGGCUACCCGUUCUCACCCUCCCUUGAUAGAGGAGGUGGUACAGUAUUAGCAGAAUCGGAAUUAAGCCCUUUUCCAGGAACAACAACAGCUACAUCAACUGCACCCCCAGGAGGGUCGGGAGCGACAACAAAUAGUCCAAUGAUCAUAGAGCAUUACCAAGAGCAGCUACAUCGCCAUUCUCCCCUACAUCACCACACGAACUCUUCUUCCUCUCUUCAUUCAUUGCCACCACCACCAUCAACUCUAUCGACACAACAACAAUCUCCGGGUCUUGGAAGCAGAAGUUCGGCGCUAUUGGACCAUCCUCUUUAUCAUCACCAACCUCAUCACUAUGUGUCUCAUUUUAACAUAAAGCCUUAUCCACAGCAUUCUCGUUCUACAGAUCAAAUGGCAUUGUCGGCAGGAGGCAGUGCAGUCGUCAUAGGCAGCGACGAUGAGUCAUACGACCGUCGGCUGCGUUUGAAGCGAACGGAGGAAUUAAGAGGAUCUUCUACCCUAUCACGUCGAUUGAGUCUGACAGGAAGUCAAAGUAAUAGUAGUCUCGGUGAUGGUAGUAAUGGAAGCACUUUAAACACCCCAACCGGUGGCCACGCGAAUACACCGACAGCAUCCAAUUUAUCAGCUAAUAAAGGCAACAGAAAGAGGACUAAAAUGCGCAUUAAUACGAUAGGCUUGCCAAAGUCGUACGAUACGGCAACAGUGACAGGUACGGGUGGCGAUAAUAGUAACUCUUCACCUAACCCUUUCAAAUCCAUGUCAUCACCUUUCAUGAGCAGCAAUAACAACAGUUUUAUCAACGGUGGAUUUGAUUCAAAUAUUAGCGAUACGAGUAAUAGUAGCGCAAAUGGUAAUGGUGCUAUUAGCAGACUAAAGCUGCCGCCUACGCCUUUGAAUAGACAACGUCGGCUUUCUACUGGGCCUUUACAAACAGUUGAAUUAAGCUUAGGAGCACGUACUCAUGCUCGUCUUAUGUUGCGCCAACUCAUGGCCGAUCUCCAUGAUUUGAUCCCUACCAAAAAAGAGAAAGAUGAGUGGGAAGAAGUUAUUAUGCAGCUCUUACUCAAAGUCACUACCUGUGUUCAACCAGAUAUUAGAGCUGGCGAUGAUAUGGAUGUCCGCCAUUAUGUCAAAAUUAAAAAGAUACCAGGAGGCACUCCUUCCGAUAGCUUUUACAUUAAAGGCAUUGUCUGCACGAAAAACGUAGCUCAUAAGCGUAUGUUGGCUAUGUUGCGUAACAGUCAACAGAAGCAACAGCAACAAAAAGGACCGAACGCAACCAUUAGCAAUAGUAGUAUCACGACGACUGGACCUUGUCCUCAAUCACGGAUUUUAAUCUUGAUGUUCAGUCUAGAUUAUUCACGUGUUGAAAUGGAAAAUCAGCUCCUAUCUAUCGCUCCUGUGAUAUCACAAGAAAGGGAACACAUAAAGAAAUUAGUGGGUCGAAUCGUUGCUCUCAAACCGUCAUUAUUAUUGGUAAAAUCGACCGUGUCAAGACUGGCGUUGGAGAUUUUGCUGCAGAAUAAUAUCCCCGUCAUUCAUAAUGUCAAACAUAGCGUUAUUGAAGCAGUUGCUAGGUGUACUCAAGCGAGCAUUAUCACUUCUGUGGAUAAAUUGUCACAACAUCAUUUCUUGCAACAGCGUUACAAUAAUGCUGGAAACGUAGGUGAUGAAUUGACGUUUGGUAAAUGUGGAUCGUUUGAAAUAAGAACUGUCAUGCAUGAAUGGUUGACAAACCGCCGCAAAACUUUUCUGAUUUUUGAUGACUGUGCACCCGAGUUGGGUGGUACUAUCGUUUUACGAGGAGCCCCUCUAAAAACACUAAAAACUUUCAAAAGACUGGUCGAUUUUAUGGUAUUUGUAGUGAAUAAUUUAAAGUUGGAAACAUCGCUGCUUCUCGACUCAUUCGCAAAGACGCAGAGCUCAGCUCGCGACGUCGCAGAUGAAAAGCUAAAAGCUCGAUCUCUCUUAUCAAACACUAUCAAUAACAUGUUUAACACAACGAAUGAUAAAGAUCAGCAGCAGAUGGCAAGCGAAAGUAAUGCCAAUCCAAAAAUAGCCCAUCAUUUGAUUGUUCAAACAGAUGAAGAUAAUGCUAGUCUGACGGAAACUAGUCAUUAUAUCAGUGGACUGCUGACGCUUUACCAAACCACCAUCCUCUCCGUAUCGCAGUCAGUGAAAUUUCCUCCACCCUACUUAUUAAUUGUUUUAAAAGACACUGAGGACAGACUAGCUACUCUCCAACAUCAAAAACGCCGGAAAACAUCUCUAUCAGUCGCAUCUAUUAUGACUAACCAAACCAGUAAAGAACCGAAUCUGUCCAGCUUACCUUCAUCCGCUUCACCAACACGUUCGACUUUUGAGAAACAACCUUCCAUGGAUUUGGUGCUGCGACAACAACAGCAGCAACAACAGCAGCAGCAUGUGGAUAAUGAAAAAGCAGCCUUUUUAGAUGAAGAAUGCUAUUUACUCGCCUUGAAGAAUCACCGUACUUCCCGUGCUUGGGAUGCCUAUAUUGGAGAGAAUCCAGAAUCCAUCUCACCCUUUUACCAUCAAAAUAUCGUUGUGCUUUAUUCUAGCGUAUGUACUGUUACUACAGUUCCAUGUCAGGGUCCCGAAAUUCGAAUUUUCAGCUUUUAUCGUUUCCCAUCGGAUAAAACACUGGGUCAAUAUCUUAUCCAUUUAUGCAAUGAUGCACAACAAUCUUGUUCAUCCGUGAUGUGUAACCAUCCGAUGAUGCUUCAUUAUCACUCUUACGCACAUGGUACGGCACGCAUCAAUGUGAUGAUUGAGCCUUUUCCGUGUCCUUUACCUGGUAUGGCAGAUAAAUUAUUGAUGUGGAGCUAUUGUAAAGAGUGUCAGAAACCGACACCCGUUCUACCUAUGUCUGAGAAUUCAUGGAACUACUCCUUUGGUAAGUUUUUGGAGAUUCUUCUUUACCAACGAGGAGUUUAUUGUCGAGCGGAUAUUUGUCCUCAUGAAAUGACCAAAAACCACAUCCGCUAUUUUGGUUACAAUGAUCUCUGCGUGCGUUUUCAAUAUGAUACUAUUGAGUUAUUGGAAGUAUCAACACCGCCUAUGAAAUUAUUUAUACAAAGUAAAGUGCAGAUGGAUCUCAAAGAGAAGGAGCUUAAGUUAUUGAGAAGUAAGAUCAUCAAGUUCUAUACCAGCUUGACAGAGCGCAAUAAGAACUUUCCUUUUGAUUUGGUGGAUCCACGAAAAUUGGAAGCAUGUAAAGCUGAAUUGCAGGAGAUGUCGUUGGAGGCUCAGGGAGAGAAGAAAGAUGCCCUUCAAUUGUUACAGAACGUAUAUGCUACAACGGAUCCUACCGAUACGUUGACGAUUCAGGUCGUGAAAAGAAACUUGUUUCAGGUUGUCACACAUUGGGACGCUGUCUAUGCUGAUCUGGUUCAGUUUUAUUUACAGCCUGAACGUGAACUGAAGAAGCUAACAACGAAUCAGCUGAAAAAGAUGUUCCCUAGUGAAGAGGAGCAGCAGUAUGUAGCGAAUGAGCGAACAAAACGAGCGGCAGAAGUCAUUGACUUGCCCUUAUUGAGUAUUGGGUUUGAUGACGAAGGAGAAGACGAGAAAGAAAACGCGUAUACAGAUGGUGAAUUGUUUACUGAUGUGAUGACAAGAAGUAAAAACAGUAGCAAGCGAAAGAAAGUAAACUCCUCUACAAAUAUAAAGGAAAUAGAAGAACAACAUGACAUUCUGUUAAUGCCAGCAUUAUGUAACUCGCCAACGUCGGAGGGUUAUGACGCUGUGGCAGCUUCAGAAGCUAACUAUCCUGUUGAGAGAGAAAUCUCCAUGGCUGAUAAGAAGAUGUCAAAUGCUGCGAAGAGUACCACUACAUCAUUUUUAAGACCAGAUGUACGUCGACGGCUUUCUUUGGAACUUUUGCGUGAGCUUAAUGAGAAGUUUGCUUCCUCGUCUUUAUCGAGCGUCGACCGCACACAGCAGCAGCAACAGCUAAGACAACAACAAGAUCAAGAGCAAGAGCAGGAACAACGAGAACAACAUCUGCUGCUGCUGCAGCAACAAGAAAAAAGAACAGCACAUUUGAUACCUCUUGAUGCUCCUAUCUCCUCAAGCACAAAGCAUCUUAGUGUCAGUAAAAGCCCUGGUAGUACUACUGCUAGUCUUCCCGCUGCUUUUACGCCAUCACGUAUACCGGUGCCAUGCCAACCAUUACGGCCAUCAGAGUCCACACACCUGCAUGAGGAUGAGCCUUUCACAGAGAAGCAACAGAAAGAAAGGCAACAAAAGCAACGACAAAGGCAUAGCAUGCACAUUGAUACAUUAUUAGCCGCAACGGCCAUGGCAACAGGGAAUAACGAUAUCCCUAGCAACGUUAAAAAGAAAAGGUCCCAUCAUUUAAGACAUCAUUCCGUCGGUCAUAGUCAGAAUAUGUUUAUUCCAGAAGUGGAAGAAGGUACAGCUUAUAAUGGAAUGUCCGGAAACAUGCUGAAUCCGCAAUACCUUUCGAGAAGAAGUUCAACAUCUAAAGCGGCAGGGGAUAAUACUUACUCAAGUACUACCAAUAGUAAUAGCAGCAAUUACCAUUUCCGUUCGCGUUUACCGCGCAAAAAAACGUACAUACAAGUAUAUACAAAAGCCAAUGACUUGGUACAAGAAGAUAUAGAAGACGAGUUCAUAUUAGACGGGCGUAAUAAAGCGAAAGCUCCUGAUGUUGCUACUGAUACCGUUACAAUGAAGAAGAACACUCGAUUAUCCGAUAAUGCGUCUAUAGAUUACUUUUCCUCACUAGCACCGUUGGUUUCCGAAGUGAUUAAUGAUAAAGCCAAAUCCAAUCAUGUUGAUGGACAGAGCAACACAAUGAGCGACAAUUUUUCUGAAGCAAUGCCUGGAGUUGUUGCAACUAAUACGGCUAGUCCAAAAUCGCAAUUAGAGAACGUGCCGAAAUUUACUGACACAACAAAACCUUAUUCCAACGAAACACAAAUGAAUUUAUUCUCCUCAACGUCAAGUGGAUUAGGCAACCAUAGUGGUAACGAAGAAGACGAUGGAAGUUAUCAUAGUGGUGGCAAGAUUGGCAGUGAUCUUCCAAGUGCUUCUGAUCUAUUAGCCUUACAAAAGCAGCAGCAACAGCAACAACAACAGUUGAAUAGCUACGCUGAAGCCACACUUCUACCAAAUAUUGUUAGGAAUACAGAGGUUGCAGAUACUGCUGCCGCUACUGCAGGCAAAAACGGUACUGCGGCUGUCCUUACAACAACAGCAUCCAAUAAUUCGGCAAAUUUGGAAGAAGCAAUUAGACAUUCGGCAGAAAAGAUGUCGUUCAUGAAAACUCUGACAAACUUCUUAACAGACAGUGGUAUUGGAAACCUAGUACCCUUAGAAUCUCCAUUCCAACCAACAGAAUAUUUGUUUCCUGACUCCUAUGUAGUUGUUCGUGAAGAUGAGCCAAGCACGAUCAUUGCUUAUACCCUUAGUUCUGAAGAUUAUUUAGACAAAAUGUAUGAAAUUCAACAAAAUUUCAAUGGUGGCGGAAGCGACAAAAGUAGCAGCAUCAGUAACAGCAGUAGCGUACACGAACUGGCAGACCUUAGUGCGGUUGCUCCUUCUAUGAAAGAUUUCCCCACUGAAUCUAUCCAUACAUUGGAUAAUAAUGCAGCUAAUUUAGCAGAGAAUAUUCAAGAAACAUUACUGAGAGAAUCAGGAACUCAUAUGAGAUAUAGAAACACGAAAUUCUUUUGUAAAAUAUUCUUUGCUGAACAAUUUGACGCGCUGCGCAGAAACUGCGGCUGUGAUGAAAGUUAUAUCAUGUCCUUAGCCAGCUGUAAGAAAUGGGAUUCCUCAGGUGGAAAGUCAGGCUCGGCAUUUCUUAAAACGGCAGAUGAUCGUCUGUUAAUGAAACAAAUGUCAAAAUACGAGCUGGACGCUUUUCUAGGAUUUGCACCUGCCUAUUUUCAAUAUAUGUCAGAGGCUCUCUUCAGCGAGCUUCCUACAGUUCUUGCAAAAAUAUUUGGAUUUUACAGUAUUGGAUACAAGAAUUCAGCGACCGGAAAAUCUAUGCGUAUGGACGUUCUUGUUAUGGAGAAUCUAUUUUACCAAAGACAUGUAAAAAAGAUAUUUGAUCUGAAGGGGUCAAUGAGAAAUAGACAUGUUCAGUCGACUGGAAAGCAAGACGAAGUUCUAUUAGACGAGAAUUUAGUAGAAUUGAUAUAUCAAUCGCCAUUGUUUAUUCGAGCACAUUCAAAAGAGAUACUGCGGAGUUCGCUGCAUAAUGAUACCCUUUUCUUGUCAAAUAGAAACGUCAUGGAUUAUUCUUUACUUGUCGGUAUAGACGAGGAAAAUCAAGAGCUCGUAGUUGGAAUUGUUGGUAAGUUCCUCAAUCGUGAUCUUUAUCACUAUGACUGCUGAGUAGUAGCACUCGAUACGAAGAAUAAGGUUUCGUUCUAUUUUCAUAUGCCAUAGAUUUUAUUCGAACUUUUACUUGGGAUAAGAAAUUGGAGAGCUGGGUAAAAGAAUCUGGAAUCUUAGGCGGUGGAGGCAAAGGGCCGACAAUUGUUUCUCC